CUCAGCCGACCUCCUUCCCAAAUACCCUGCGCUUUCUUUACCCUGUUUUUUUUCCUGUCUUUUUUUAUAAACCCCAGUUAUCUCUGCAAACUGACUGUCGCUUUAACUCGAUUCAAACCCAAUCACUACCAUCAUCGUCAUAAUUUUUGGUUUUGUGAUUUCCUACUGAUUGUGGAAUAUGCUUCGCAGAAAUAUUAGAAUGAGGCGAGAAUACUUGUACAGAAAAAACUUGGAAGGGAAGGAACGUCUGUUAUAUGAGAACAAGCGAAAAAUUAAUAAAGCUCUAGAAGAGGGUAAACCGAUACCCACAGAGCUGAGAAACGAAGAGCCAGAGUUGCGUCGACAAAUAGAUCUCGAGGAUGUAAACACAGAAAUACCCAGGUCUCAUAUAGAUGACGAGUAUGCAAAUGCUAAUCAAAGGGAUCCGAAGAUUUUGAUAACAACGUCACGUAGUCCAAGUGCCCCUCUAACUCAGUUUGCCAAGGAGUUGAAGAUUGUUUUCCCUAAUGCUCAGCGAAUGAAUCGUGGUGGUCAGGUCAUCUCUGAAAUUAUUGAAACUUGCCGGGCACAUGAUUUUUCCGAUGUUGUGUUGGUUCAUGAACAUCGUGGUGUCCCAGAUGGUAUAAUUGUUUGCCAUUUACCACUGGGUCCAACUGCAUACUUUGGAUUACACAAUGUGGUGACAAGACAUGAUAUUAAGGACAAAAAGUCUGUUGGAACAAUGUCCGAAGCUUAUCCUCAUAUAAUUCUUGACAACUUCAGUAGCAAGCUAGGUGAAAGGACAGCCAAUAUCUUGAAGCAUCUCUUUCCGGUGCCAAAACCAGAUUCAAAGCGCAUCAUAACCCUUUCUAAUCAGUCUGAUUACAUCUCAUUCAGGCAUCAUGUCUAUGACAAACCUGGUGGGCCUAAAUCAAUCGAAUUAAAGGAAGUUGGUCCGCGUUUUGAAUUAAGGCUUUACCAGAUCAAAUUAGGAACAGUUGAUCAGAGUGAAGCCCCGACUGAGUUUGUUAUCCGGCCGUACAUGAACACUGCUAAGAAACAAAAGAUUCUUGGAGAUUAAUUGGAAGACUACCCCAAUAAAGUAUCUCAAAUCCCUUGCAUUAAGAGGCUUUCUAGAAAGCUGUGUAUUUUGCAAGGGAUUUUUAUAAACAUCUUUUGCCUUUUGAUUUUUGGAGUUAAUAGAAUUACUUACUCUGUAUUAACUUUUUUUGCUUUAUAAAUGUCAAUUUCCUUGGACCUUUCUUAUGAAAUGUUAGGUAUUCAA